AUGAGCGAUAGUAAGGACAAUGUUUCACUUUUCGACCGCACGUCUGGUGCUUCAGUUGCUCCUGCUGCCACAGCUGAGCUUAGCGCCCGUUCCCAGUGGCAGACUCGUGAUGCUGCUGCUCGCCUAGCUGUUCGCAACCAUCUGCCGUUAGCCGAGCUCACGCAUUUUGGCGAACACAAAACCGCUAAGGCCCUUCACCUCCUUGUGUCUGGUCUUCCCAGGUCUCUCCCUCCCCUCCCUGCCUCGCCUGCGCCGCCCUGCCUUCCUUGUGUCGAGGGGCGGCAGCGUGCCGCUCCUCACUCCUCCUCGUUUCCCCCGACAGAGGCUCCCCUGCAGACCCUCCACCAGGACGUGUGGGGCCCAGCCCGCGUUCGUGGACAGGGCGGCGAGCGGUACUUUCUGCUGGUUGUCGACGACUACUCGCGUUACACCACGGUCUUCCCCUUGCGCACCAAGGGCGAGGUCCCUGCUAACCUGAUCCCUUGGAUCCGAGCAGUUCGUCUCCAGCUCCGCCGCAGGUUCCAGUCGGACCUUCCUGUCCUGCGUCUGCACUCUGACAGAGGUGGCUCACCGCAGCAGAAUGGGGUUGCUGAGCGCCACAUUGGCUUGGUCAUGGAGAUCGCUCGUACCUCCUUGAUCCAUGCGGCGGCUCCCCAUUUUCUGUGGCCGUUUGCGGUCCGGUAUGCCGCGCAUCAGCUCAACCUCUGGCCCCGUGUCUCCUUGCCGGACACCUCGCCCACACUGCGUUGGACGGGAGAGGUUGGCGAUGCGUCGCGUUUCCGGGUCUGGGGUGCUCGUGCCCUUGUCCGCGAUACGUCCGCGGACAAGCUCUCCUCCCGCACCAUUCCCUGUAUCUUCCUUGGCUUUGUCCGUGACGCGCCUGGCUGGCAGUUUUACCACCCCACCUCGCGCCGUGUCUUCCCUUCUCAGGACGUCACCUUUGACGAGUCGGUUCCUUUCUACCGUCUCUUCCCCUACCGCACUGCCCCUCUCCCUCCCCCGCCGCUUUUCCUCGCUCCAGCUGAUGGGGGUGACUUUGCUGCUGACGACCUGGCGGCCUACCGCCGCGCACCACGCUUGGAGACCCCUCCGGGUUUCCCGCCGCGACCGUCUUCGCCGCCUCUGCAGCCGGUUCCGGUUGACUCUGGUGCUGCUGGGGGCGGUGUUGCUCCUGGAGGUGCUGCGUCUGGGGGUGCUGAGCCUGUGCGUGAGGUGCUGGGGGGUGCAAAGCCUGGGGGUGUGGAGCCUGGGGGUGCUGAGCCUGGGGGUGCAGAGCCUGGGGGUGCUGAGCUAGAGGGUACCGGUGGUCGUGGAGGCGCUGGGAGUGCUGGUGUUUCUGGUUCUGGACGUGCUCGUACCGGGGGUACUGGAGCUGCCAGGACUGGCGGUACUGCUAGAGCUGGAGGUGCUAGUUCUGGGGGUGCUGAGUCUCCUGGCGGUCCUCCUGGUGCCGCGUCGCAGCGGCCACCUCUCUCGCGACAGCAGCUACGCGAGUGGUACGCUCAGCGCUACCGCCGUCAGAGUCGCGCUGCUGGAGGUACUGAUGCUGUAGACUCUAGCGCUGGAGGUACCGGUUCUGGGGGUGCUGCUGCUGGAGGUACUGGGGCUGGAGGCCCUGGAGCUGGUGCUGUCGACUCUGGAGUUGGAGACCCUGGAGCUGGAGGUGUUUUUUUUGGGGGUGCUGCUGCUGGAGGUACUGGAGCUGGAGAGCCUGGAGCUGGAGGUGCCGGUUCUAGGGGUGCUGCGUCUAGAGGUACUGAGACGGGAGACCCUGGAGCAGGAGGUUCUGGCGCUGGAGCUGGAGGCGCUGGAGCUGGAGGUUCUGGAGCUGCUGGAGGCGCUGGAGCUGGAGGUUUUGGAGCUGCUGUAAGCGCUGGAGCUGGAGGUUCUGGAGCUGCUGGAGGCGCUGGAGCUGGCGGUUCUGGAGCUGCUGGAGGCGCUGGAGCUGGCGGUUCUGGAGCUGCUGGAGGCGCUGGAGCUGGCGGUUCUGGAGCUGCUGGAGGCGCUGGAGCUGGCAAAUCUGGAGUUGCUGGAGGCGCUGGCGCUACUGGUGCGGGUGACACUACACAGCCGCGACUAUUCUUCUCUCCGCCGUCACCGUCGUCUCUGCCACCGCAUGACUCCGUGCUUCGCCAAGUUCUUAGCCUCCCGUCUUCUACUGGCCUCCCGUUACAGCCAGGCUCACCACUGCCUGCUCCUUCUCCUUACACUGAGCAGACCGACUCGCUUACAGAGCGUCGUGAGCCUGCGUCUCGUCCUGCCUCACCUGUUAGCGCGCGUCGCACUGGUCGUCGUGUUCCUCGUGAGCGUCCGCCUCCUGUCCCUGGCACGCACGCUAUGGCACUUCGUCCUUCCUCUGUUCCACAGCGUGUUCCCCUGCCGUCUCCUCCUGCGUCUUCUCUACCUGAAGUUCCGGACCCUGAGUCUGACCUAGUUCGUGCUGCUCACCCUACUGUCACGCAUCUGCUAGCCACUGUUGUCACUGACCCAUCGUUUGAGUCUGCUGCUGCGUCUGCCUUAGUCUCUGAGCUUGUUGACUUUGCUGUUGCCUGUCGUCUAGACCUGCUUGUCUUGUUGCUGAGUCUGAGUCUGUAUGUCCUCCGUCCGUCGGGGGGAGACCCGGAUGCACCAGACAUCCCGACCCCGCGCUCUUUUUCGGGUCCCUACUCCUCUCAGUGGCAGACAGCCAUGGACGCAGAGAUGGCAUCCUGGAAGUCCACAGGCACGUACGUCAAUGAGGUUCCUCCUCCUGGGGCGAACAUCGUCGAUGGCAUGUGGAUUUUCAGGGUGAAGCGGCCGCCGGGUUCUCCUCCUGUCUUCAAGGCUCGUUACGUUGCACGAGGCUUCAGUCAGCGAGAGGGAGUUGACUUCUUCCAGACCUUCUCCCCCACCCCGAAGAUGACUACUCUUCGGGUGCUGCUGCACGUCGCCGCUCAGCGUGACUACGAGCUUCACUCUCUCGACUUCAGCACAGCCUUCUUACAGGGCAGCCUGCACGAGGAGAUCUGGUUGCGCCGCCCACCUGGCUUCACUAGGUCGUUCCCUCCUGGUACCCAGUGGAGCCUCCAGCGGCCAGUCUACGGUCUCCGUCAGGCGCCUCGUGAGUGGCACGACACACUGAGGACGACACUUGCGGCUCUUGGGUUUGCUCCUUCGACUGCUGACCCUUCACUGUUUCUGCGCACCGACACUUCGCUGCCGCCGUUCUACAUCCUCGUGUACGUCGACGACUUGGUCUUUGCCACUGCUGACACUGAGGCACUCGCCCACGUGAAUUCGGAGCUGCAGAAGAGACACACGUGCACAGACCUGGGUGAGCUGCGCAGCUACCUUGGCUUGCAGAUCACCCAGGACAAAGCACACCGCACCAUCACCCUGACUCAGUCACACAUGGUGCAGCAGGUCCUUCAGCGCUUCGGCUUCACUUGGUCCUCGCCACAGUCCACUCCUCUGGCUACUGGUCACUCGCUCUCAGCUCCACCUUCGGACGAGUCCGUAGAGCCGAGUGGCCCGUAUCCAAAGCUUGUGGGCUGCCUCAUGUACCUGAUAACCUGCACUCGACCUGACCUUGCUUACCCUCUUAGCAUCCUGGCUCGCUACGUUGCGCCUGGGAGACACCGGCGAGAGCACAUGGAGGCUGCUAAGAGGGUGUUGCGCUACUUGUGCAGUACAUCGGGCAUGGGGCUCGUGCUUUGA